AUGGGCUCACACGUUUCGUCCCUUCGCCGGCGCCCGGCAUUCUCAUCCAACCCGGGCGCCGAGCCAGACCUCGCUGGUUACUCGGUAAAAGACUUCUACCCGGCCGCCAUUGGUGAGAUCCUCAACGGCACAUAUCAAGUUGUUGCCAAACUGGGCUAUGGCACCGCCUCCACCACCUGGCUGUGUCGCGACCUACGGAACCAUCGCUAUGCCACUCUGAAAAUCUACGCCUCGCGCCAGCCCCAAACCAACCGCGAGGUCGCGGCCCUGCGUCACAUCAACGCGGUCCUGGCCGCAUCUGCGCCCGUCAAGCAUGGAGGCGCCACCAGCAUUCGCACCCUCAUCGACCAGUUCGAAAUUCCACGCUCGAAAACAACGUCGAGGGCUAAUCUCUGCCUCGUCUUCGAACCCCUGGGCAUGUCGCUAGCCGAUGCUAGGAAGCGGAUGUUCGGUGGUCGAAUGCCCGUUGAUAUCGUCAAAGGGGUCAUCUUUUGCCUUUUACAAGCGCUCGACUUCCUUCAUCGCGAGGCCAAUAUGGUCCAUGGAGACAUCCAAGAAGACAACAUCUUGUUCGCCAUCCCGCGAAAGGCCGAACUAAAAAAGGUCGAGGAAGCCGAGAUGGCCGAGCCAAGCCCCCGCAAAGUCUUCAAGACUCACACCAUCUACUCCUCGCGUCCGCUAGAGCUGCAGCCCACAGUACCGGUGCUGUGCGACUUUGGCGAAGCACGAUUUGGAAGCGAAUCUUACGGCGAGCACGUGAUGCCCGAUCUUUACCGAGCACCAGAGAUAGUGCUGCGCAUCGAGUGGGACGAAAAGAUAGACAUAUGGGCGCUGGGCCUGAUGUGCGGCCUGAAGAUGUGGACGUUGGUGGAGGGAACGAACUUGUUCACCGACAACAGAGGCGGCCGUUGGGUGUCCGCCUUGCCUCAUAUGGCCCGCAUCGUCAGCCUCCUAGGGCCACCCCCGAUAGACCUGUUGAAAGGCUGGGACGCGUCGCCAGUAACACGCCGGUAUUUUGAUAAGACGGAGCUAACAGCGCUGGAGGGGGAGGCCAAGGCCGACUUUUUGCGCUUCCUAAGGCGCUUGCUUCAAUGGGACCCGGUGAAGCGGCCCUCCGCCCACGAACUGCUCGAGGACGCAUGGUUCCCAUUGGGUCUUCUUCCGCCGCCGCCUCUCUUCGUCCCCGGCUAG